AUGGAAUUUCGCAACCAGGAAAAGUAUAGAAAAUCAUAUAACUCUGGUCCAAUGAGAUUUUUACCUUUGGCUUAUAAUUUAUCAGCUCCUAAAUGUAAAAAUCACAAACAAAAGCCUUAGACUAGAAAGACAGCUAAAUCUUAAUCAGAAAAUAGCAAUGAAGAGGAAAAAGAAGAAAUAGAGGAGCUAAAAGAAACUUAAAAUAAUGAGAGUAAUAGCACAUGUGGAGUGAUUAUUGAAGCAAUGUAAUGGGGAAUGCAUAGACCUGGAACUACAGAUUUGGUAAUUAAUGGAAGAUUUGAAGAGCUAAUUAACAAACCAAUGUUUAGAGGACUCUUGGAUCGUAAAAGAUGCGUAUUGAUGGUGAAUGGAUACUAUGAAUGGGAUGAAUCUAAUUCUAGUAAGAUAAGACCAUUCAUGAUCUAGAAUGAAAAGGAAGGAGACUAUUUAUACCUUGCUUGCCUCUAUAAUAAUGCUUUUACAGAAAAAAUAGGAGAUGAAUAUAAUCAUUUUGUUGUUCUCACAGUUGGGGCUUCAGAUAAUAUUAAACACAUUCAUGAUAGAAGGCCAGUUUUCUUAGAUGACUAUACUAAGGAACUAUGGCUUGAUCCAAGCGUUAGCUUUAAGAAAUGUUUUGAGGAAAUUAUGAAAUCUAAAUCUUAUGAAGGAUUAAAGUUUUUUGAAGUUGGAGAUAUUGUAAACAGUAUAAAAUAUGAUAAUGAGGAUUGUAUACUUCCAAAGAAAGAUUAUGAAGAGAAAUUGCAUAGCAAAGGACUGGGAAAAUAUUUCGGAAAAACCUAUAAAACUGCUACUAAUACUUAGCCUACUUAAUAAACAUAGGAUUAGACGCAACCUUAGAGUAUAACUACUUAAAAGAACUUAGAAGAAGAAAAAGAAAUUAAAAUAAUUAAUGAUCCCUAAACUUCAAAGAGAAAAUUAAGUAAACAUAAUGAUUUCGAGGAGGAAGUUAAAGGGGAUAUUGGCAAUUAAGAGAGGCUUUAAUUCUAAAAUAUUAUGGAUGAAUUUAGAAAGAGAACAGUCAGAGAAGUAAAUGAAAACAUAAGGAAAAGUUAGGAAGAAUAAAAAGUUAAAGAGAGUGAUAAAUCUGAUAACAAAGGAAAAAGGAAAAGUAAGAAUAAGAAAUCAAUAGAUGAAGAUCCCAGAUAAAAAAGAUUAGAAUUCUUUGCUAAAAAGUAACAAUGA